AGUUUGAUCUUUUACCCGAAAUUUCACAUAUUUUCAUAUAUUUUCUUCUAAUUAUAAAAAAAAAAGAAACCAGAAAAAAAAACCAGUCAAAAUGGGUCAUCAUGGCACAAACAGAGUAGAAAACAUGUCGUGUCCCUGCAAUGCCACAGCCGCGGAAACAGCGACCGGCGUUUCGAACGCGAACGCGACGAUCGUGGAGAUACACAGCGUUUGUAUGCCGCCGAAGCAAACGGCGUUUCAGAAGCUGAAGCAUCGCGUCUCGGAGAUCUUCUUCCCCGACGAUCCGCUGUACAGAUUCAGGAACCAGACAUGGAGGACGAAACUGGUUCUGUGUUUGCAGAGCCUGUUCCCCAUCUUCACGUGGGGUCCACUUUACAAUCUCAAGCUCUUUAGGUCCGACGUCAUCUCCGGUCUCACCAUUGCCAGUCUCGCCAUCCCUCAGGGAAUCAGCUACGCAAAGCUUGCAAACUUACCACCCAUCAUUGGUCUAUAUUCAAGCUUUGUACCGCCGAUUAUAUAUUCGGUAUUGGGCAGUUCAAGACACCUAGCCGUCGGUCCGGUCUCAAUAGCAUCUCUUGUGAUGGGCUCAAUGCUAAGUGCGAGCGUUUCCCCCUCCAAUGACCAAAUCCUUUACCUCAAGCUGGCUUUCACUUCGACUUUCUUCGCCGGCCUCUUCCAAGCUUCUUUGGGCCUUUUCAGGCUUGGGUUUGUGAUUGACUUCUUGUCAAAGGCAACCCUGAUAGGGUUCACGGCAGGUGCGGCGGUCAUUGUGUCGCUUCAACAGCUCAAGGGUCUUCUCGGAAUCGUUCACUUCACCGGGAAAAUGCAGUUUCUUGCUGUCAUGUCCUCUGUCUUCACUCACAAAUCCGAGUGGUCGUGGCAAACCAUUGCAAUGGGGCUCGGCUUCUUGUGCUUCCUGUUAACAACAAGGCACAUUAGCAUGAAGAGGCCGAAUCUUUUCUGGGUAUCGGCUGCAGCUCCGCUCGUAUCUGUUGUUCUCUCUACCCUUCUGGUGUUUCUUCUCAGAUCCAAGACUCAUGCCAUUUCCUUUAUUGGGCAUUUGCCAAAGGGUCUGAAUCCUCCUUCAUCAAACAUGUUGUACUUCAGUGCCACCCAUCUUGCUCUUUCCAUCAAGACCGGUAUCAUCACUGGCAUUCUUUCCCUUACAGAAGGGAUUGCUGUGGGAAGGACAUUUGCUGCUCUCAAGAAUUACCAAGUUGACGGGAACAAAGAAAUGAUGGCAAUCGGUUUCAUGAACAUGGCUGGUUCUUGCACCUCUUGCUACGUUACAACAGGAUCCUUUUCCAGAUCUGCUGUAAGCUACAAUGCUGGAGCACAAACAGCGGUUACUAACAUUGUGAUGGCUUCAGCUGUGCUCAUAACCCUUUUGUUUCUCAUGCCACUCUUCUAUUACACACCCAACUUUAUCCUGGCGGCCAUCAUCAUAACUGCAGUGAUAGGUCUCAUCGACUAUCAGGCUGCAUACAAGUUGUGGAAAGUUGACAAGCUCGACUUCUUUGCUUGCUUGUGUUCCUUCUUUGGUGUCCUCUUCAUCUCUGUACCUCUCGGCUUAGCAAUAGCAGUUGGAGUUUCGGUUCUAAAGAUUCUGUUGCAUGUAACCAGACCAAACACCGUUGUAUUGGGGAAUAUCCCGGGGACUGAGAUAUACCAGAGUCUUGGAAGAUACAGAGAAGCCUCAAGAAUUCCAGGCUUCUUGAUAUUGGCUAUAGAAUCUCCUAUAUACUUUGCCAAUUGCACUUACCUGCAAGAAAGGAUCUUGAGAUGGAUCAGAGAAGAGGAAGGAUGGAUAAAGGGGAACAAUGGAAAUACGCUGAAAUGCGUAAUUCUUGAAUUGACAGCCGUGUCAGCCAUCGACACAAGCGGGAUUGAGGCCGUGUUUGAGCUCAGAAGAACGCUCGAGAAGCAAUCACUUCAGCUCGUGUUAGUAAACCCCGUCGGGAGCGUGAUGGAAAAGCUGCACAAGUCAAAGAUCACUGACGCGUUGGGGAUGAGCGGACUCUAUCUCUCAGUUGGCGAGGCCGUUGCCGAUAUUUCAUCAGCAUGGAAAGCGCAGCCUCAGCCAUGAAACCAACCUGCCAAACUCCCACAGUGCUGCUGAAGCAAAAGUGGGAAAGUUAUAAAGAAGAGCAAAACCAGACAGAGAAGUUUUGGGGAACAUUAAGCAUUAUAGAUGUCAGCUUGAGCUUUUGCAAUUGAGGAAUGGACCUUUCCUGUUCUGUAAAUCAGAGUUUGAGAAAACCUUUUUUUUUUUUCCUC